AUGCAUAAACGAGGCAUAGGACUGGCGAAAUGGGAAUUGCAGCACAAAACCGCGACGAUCGGCGAACUACUGGGGGAAGGCGUAUUUGGUGAAUUAAAAUCCAACUGCGCUGAGAGCGAACUAUCGAAAGCGAAAAUCAAAGAGAUGAUGAAAGAAGCUCGUCUUACUCGAGAUUUGAAACAUCCAAAUGUUGUAUUCAUCUUUGGCGUAGCGUUGUUAGAACAUCCUCUCUACAUUGUACUUGAAUAUAUCUCAGGAGGCGAACUAGAUGUUCACCUUCGGAAACAAAAACAAACAGUAGAUGAGAAAGAACGUCCUUACAUGACUAUGGGAGCUGCUUGGGGAAUGGAAUAUCUGCACAGAAACUGCAUCCUGCACAGGGAUAUCGCAGCUCGAAAUUGCCUUUACGAUAACAAAAGGCCCGUAUGA